AUGAAGCCAUCAACGAUCGAUUCAGGCUUUAUCCUCUCUCUACCCAGACUGCCUAACCCAGCUACAUCAGACCCAGCCUACAAAAGGAUAUUGGACUGGUACUUGCCUUUGCAGGUUCUUGAGAAACUGUGGCCGCGUCUGGAGAAGUUCGGUGGAGAAGCGGUCUCUGAUCGAAUAAACGAUCACAUAUCCGAUGCCGAGAAGCAUCCUCCUUAUGUUAAGACCCGAAAUGUCUGGGGUACCAAGUAUCCACACGACAGACUAGUGACAAGUGAAGGGUGGAAGAGGGUAGGGGACUGGGGGAUCCAGAACGGUGUUGUCGCCGCUGGUUACGAAAACGAGUUCGGCCCAUACAGACGCAUCGCCCAACAUGCGCUCAACUACAUCUACAGCGCAUCUUCUACCGUGUACUCAUGUCCGGUCUCAAUGACGAGCGGCGCCGGACGACUGAUGGCGCGCCAACUCGAAGGUCUUCCGCCUCAGCAUCCUUUCCACGAGGUGUACAGACGCAUCACUACUCGUGAUGUAAACGAGAACUGGAUUUCGAGCCAAUGGAUGACUGAGCGUCCGGGAGGCAGCGAUGUCCAAAACUCCGAGACUUUUGCUGUGCACUCACCUCUGCCAUCCCAGGAGAAGACUGGAGACAUGAAUUUUGAAGAGGGAGACUGGCUGGUUUCUGGGUACAAGUUCUUCUGCUCGGCCACUGACUGUGAUGUCGCGUUGAUGCUAGCGAAGACCGAAAGUGGGCAGCUGAGCCUGUUCAUUGCUCCGACGAAGAAGACAGUUCAAAUUCCGGACGGCAGCACACAGCUGGAGACCAACGGCAUCCGCUUUCAUCGACUAAAGAACAAGAUGGGCACGAAGGAACUCCCAACCGCCGAACUCGAGCUUCAGGACGUCCGCGCAUGGAUGGUGGGCCCAGUCGAUCGAGGUAUCGCGACCAUCGCCACAUUGCUGAACGUGACUCGGACGCACAACUUCGUAACAGCGUUGUCGUGCUGGCGCCGGGGCAUGGCGAUAGCCAAAGGUUUCGCCCAGACACGGACAACCAUCGAUCAGCCGCUUUGGACCUUCCCGAUGCACUUGCGACUGCUCGCCGGCAUGGAGGUGAAGUUCCAGGGCCUGUUACAGCUGGCCUUCUUCACAACGUCCCUCCUCAGCUUCGCAGACAAUGGCUUUCCUCCAGACAGGUCGUCAAAGUACGCUCCGUUGCCAGAACCAGGCGAGCAGAUGACCGUGGUGCAGCGGGCGCUUACCGCCGCUGCGAAAGCGGUGAUUUGCAAAGUAAGCUGCAUCGCCCUCCAAGAAUGUCAGGAGGCAAUGGGAGGGGUGGGCUACAUGGACGAGCCGGACGAGCCUGAAAACAACAUCAGCAGACUUUACAGAGACACAGCGGCCAACAUGACUUGGGAAGGGACGACCAAUGUCCUGAGCAGCGAGGUCGUUAGACAUCUGCUGAAUGGCAGAAACCUCGAAAUCUUCAGCACCUGGUUUGAAGGCGCCGUCAUCAGCAGGGUAUCUGAUGCCGACAUUCGGGCCAAGCUUGAGGCUGCGUGGGCGGUCCUCAAGAAGCGCCUUUCGGUGGACAAGGAGGAUCUAGGCGCCGUGUUGGCUGAAGGGAGACAGAUCAUGUUCAGUCUUGCGUGGGUAGUCAGCGGAGGCCUUCUCGCACAUGACGCGCAGCGGGAUGGCAAUGCAGCGGCUGUUGAAGUGUCGCGCCGGUGGGUUUUGGAUGGAGAAGGCGGAGUUGGUGAAUUUGUGAUCCCAGAGGUCAUCCACAGCCAACACAGGCGCGCUGUUGAUGCGAGGAAGCGCCUCAACUGGGACUGCCGCCUGGUAUGGGGUGUUGAAUUGCCGCAAGAUGCUGCGCUGGGAUAUCGGGCGCCAUCCAAGAAGACGAGCGGCGAGCCAGAGAAGAUGGUGGCAAGGUUGUGA